AUGGCAAUCGAAGCGACCGCGGCAGAUCCCAUCAUUAGCGAAUCUGCUAUUUUGUCUAAGCUCGGCUACGUCCCCUGGGAGUCUGAGCCUGACGCUGGCCCAGGCGGCCUCCUGGACCACACCACCUACAAGUAUGUCGCCUUCCCUCACGAGGCCUCCAGCACCCCAGCAAAAAUUGCAGCAUCUCCGGUCUUUAAUGCGUUUAUGCAAUACGCUGAGGGUAACCCUCAGUUGACCGCCCAGCGCUUCCAGAGAAUCAUCUGUGGGCCGGACCCGGAGGCGAAUCUCAAGGCAUUUGCAUUCAUGAGCACUGCCUCUAAGCAAUGGAGGGACGACUACCUAAGGCUCAUGGUGGAUGAAGGGGAGAUGGAGGCCGGAUGGUGCUUCGUCAAGGAUCGUAACUGGCAGGGGUAUCUCAGGACCGAUUUGAGCCUGGGGAAUAUCUACGAGGACUCCAGGGCGAUGAAGGCUGCGAGCAAGAGGAAGGCGAGGGAGGAGGAGGAACAGGAAGAGGCGGAGGAGUCGGAGGAGUCGAUGGGAAAGGGAAAAGGAAAAGGAAAGGCCAAGGCCAAGGGUUCUGCAGCAGGCAGACGCUCAAGCAGGAGAAGGGUCGUGAAGGACUAA